ACGCCUGCCACAGUUUUUUCUCCCCAGAUCAUGGCUCAUGUUUCAGAACAAGCUGAUGACACAAAGAAACACAUAGAACAUCUCAAUGAGAAAACUGCCUCUAUGGCUCCAGCUCACUCCACUGUGGCCCUGAUCGAGGGGGGGUCUGAUGGAGAGGAGAACCCAUGGGAUCUCCCAGAGCUCCAGGACAUGGGUGAGCCCUGGUCAGAGCUGGACACCAAGGGGAAGGUGCAGAGGGUGGUGUUCUCUGUAGGGAAACUGGUCCUCCUGGUGGGCCUGCUGUACAUGUUCAUCUGCUCCCUGGAUGUCCUCAGCUCUGCUUUUCAGCUGGUUGGAGGUAAGGUUGCAGGGGACAUUUUCCAGGACAAUGCGGUGCUGUCCAACCCCCUGGCAGGCCUGGUGAUUGGGGUGCUAGUCACUUUGCUUGUCCAGAGCUCCUCCACCUCUUCCUCUAUUGUGGUCAGCAUGGUCUCCUCCGGACUAUUAAAGGUCCAGUCUGCUGUUCCUGUGAUCAUGGGCACCAACAUCGGAACCUCCGUUACCAACACACUUGUUGCCAUGACGCAAGCUGGAGAUCGCGACAAAUUCCGCAGGGCAUUUGCUGGAGCCACUGUUCAUGACUUCUUCAACUGGCUGUCAGUGCUGGUGCUGCUGCCCCUGGAGCUGGUGUCAGGCUACCUGUACCUUGUCUCCAAGCUCAUUAUUGAGUCCUUCAACAUCCAGAGUGGAGCGAAUGCUCCCCAGCUUCUCAACGUCAUCACCGACCCCCUCACCCUUUCCAUCAUAGAGUUGGACGAAUCUGUCAUAAGUGAUAUUGCCACGGGAAACCCUGAAGCCAGGAAUAGGAGUCUCAUCAAGACUUGGUGCAAAACCUUUACCAACAUGACCCAAAUGAAUGUGACAGUUCCUGGCCCAGACAACUGCACCUCCCCAACCCUGUGCUGGGUUGAGGGGAACAUCACUACCACCCUCAAGAACGAUUCAGAGACCUUCAACAUUGCAAAAUGCAAGCACAUCUUUGUGGACGUGCCACUGACGGACCUGGCGGUGGGCCUCAUCUUGCUGGCCUGCUCCUUGCUGGUGCUCUGCAGCUGCCUGGUUUUCAUUGUCAAGCUGCUCAAUUCCAUGCUCAAAGGCCAGGUGGCCUUGGUCCUCAAGAAGAUCCUCAAUACUGACUUCCCUUUCCCGUUCGGCUGGGUGACAGGCUACAUAGCCAUCUUGGUCGGAGCAGGGAUGACUUUCAUCGUCCAGAGCAGCUCAGUCUUCACCUCUGCCAUCACUCCACUUGUGGGUAUCGGGGUGAUCAGCAUUGAGAGGGCGUACCCUCUGUCUCUGGGGUCCAAUAUCGGAACAACAACCACAGCUAUACUGGCAGCAUUGGCCAGUCCUGGAGAAACACUGGCCAACUCUUUACAGAUUGCGCUGGUCCACUUCCUGUUCAACAUUUCAGGCAUCCUGUUGUGGUACCCAAUCCCCUUUACCCGUGUGCCGAUCCGAUUGGCCAAGGCGCUGGGCAACAUAACGGCAGGGUAUCGCUGGUUUGCUAUUGUCUACAUCCUGUCCUGCUUCUUUGUCCUGCCCCUUUUCGUAUUUGGCCUCUCAUUGGCCGGCUGGCAGGUCCUGGUCGGGGUAGGGGUGCCCCUUGUGGUCAUGAUCAUUGUGAUCAUUGUGAUCAAUGUGCUGCAGAGCAAGUGCCCCCGCUGUUUGCCGACAGUACUGCACUCCUGGGACUUCCUGCCUCUUUGGGCGCACUCCCUGGCACCCUGGGACCGGGUUGUCAAGGUGAUGGCCGUCAAGUGUUGCUGCUGCUGCAAAUGCUGCCAGCCUGCUAGCGAGGGGGAAGGGGUAGAAAAUAAAUUGCCCGAGUUGGAGAUGUACGAUAAUCCAGUGAUUCCCUCGGAAGUGAAACCAACGAAAAAGGAGAAACAGAUGCACCUCAGUGUUCUUCAAGCCACGCAGCUUUGACCUCAAACAUUUUUCUUUAAGG